CAUGGGAGGUCAUUGGCAUGAUUCGCGCGCUGGUACACAAAACCAGGGAAACCACAUCGGCGACAGGCCGUGCGUCCGACAGUCCAAGCUGUACCGCAAGUAUGAGAGUGGAAAUUCGAUCAAGGACCUUCUCGGCCAGGGAUCGUUGAAGUGGGAUGAAAACAGGAAGCAAGGAGCGUACAGCGGCAAGGUCUAUGAUCACAACAAGGCAGACCACUCCUUGGCAGCGAAGACACGCGAGCGAACAGUGCAAGACAACCAGGAGGCGAUAAAGAUGGCAGAGGAAGCUCAGAGGAGGAUGCCUGCGUACCCCCUGGCCCCUCAGUACAUGGAGGAGGAAGCGCCUGCGGUGCGGCUAGUCCCGUCCAACCCAAGGAGGGUCUCGAACAAGUUCUCCUUCAUCAACGAGGGGAUGGGUGACGACGGGAGCUUCGAUCACGCUUUCGGGCGCACGACGGCCCCAUCGGUCCUCCAGACGCGGCCAUGGUAGGUGUCUAGUCCUCGACGAGCAGGAUGACUUGUCUUGAUGCCCUUGGCGUGCUCUCGCGGGAGAGCUUUUCAACACACCCCAGUUUUUUUCAGCAUCAUGUACACUAAGCGAGUUACUUAUGAGUUACAAUCCCUUCUCAACUACACCGCUCUUUGGCCUCU